UUUGAUAGCUAAUGUUUAUUAUUUAACUGCAAUAAAUAGUGUUAAAUUCGCUUUUCAAAUGGCACCGGUGCUUUCCAAAGAAAUAUUUAAGAUUACUUAAUAUACAAAGCAUUACAUAGCAAGAAAAUGUCGGUGGAAAUUAUGGAAAAUUCAGUCCAUAUUGGUGGUAUCGACCACGAUAACUCUGCAGUAAAAGAAAAUGAAUUAUCCAGUGAUUCUGGCGUUGAUACGUUGGAGUCAUGCUCUGUAACAUAUCCUUUAUCAUCUGAGUCAGAUAUAUCGCACAUAAAGAUACCCGAACCAGAUUUAUUUCAAGAUGAAAAUAUUCGUGAAGAUCUCUUUUCUACAAACGAAAGUAGUUCACCUUCUUCACUUCUUGAAUCCAUAAGUUCUGAUAAUAUACCGAAUGGAUACUCAAAUGCCGAACACAGUUGUGGCGUUCAUCAACUUAGUGAUACUGACAAUCUCUCAUUAAAGGAGGGAAUAAUCAAUAACAUAUCAGUUUCUUUAACAGAAAACAAGUCCUUAUCUGCAUCGGUUAGCAAUAUAACCAACAUACCUGAGUCUUCCAUAGACCUUAAAAAGUCAACCACCAGUCUAAAUGUACCUGUAGAAAAAUGUAAUAUUGAUACGUUAAGUAGAAGUGCUGAAAAUUUGACAAACUUAAUAGAAGCUGAAAUUAUUUCAAGUACUGAUGCACUAAAUACUGAAGAAAUUCUUACACAAUUUGAUAAUCAAAAGCGAAAAGUUGCAGCAACCCAGAAAAUUGUACCAGAUACUCAGCCACACAUAGAUUUAAAAAGUAGACUGCCAAAGGAGAUACUAUCACAAGACAUUGGUAGUAUAGUGAGAAAUGUUCAUGGUAUAUUUUCAUCUGUUUCGGGCAGUUUAAAAAGUGCAUACAACAAUCAACGGGUGGUCCAAAAACCAACCAAAACAGUAAAACCAGUUAAUACAAAAUUAUUGAGUGAUAUUUUUGAAGAUGGGAUUGAGAAAUUGCCAAUGCUUGACACUAAUGAAAUCCCAAACAUCCCUGAGAUUCCAAAACUACUAGAAAUAGAUAGUGACAUGAAUAAAGACUUUAGUAAACUCCAAAUUGAAUCGUUAGAGAGGGUUUUAGCUGAACAAAGAAAAGAUAACAUAUCUUUAAGAGAAAAGGUUAAAAAGCAAAUGGAAGAAUUACAGGCCAAGGACCAGUCAUUUAAAGAGCUAGAAAUUAAAGUUGACCUGAUGUCGAAACGUACGGACCAAGCUCAACGCGAAAAAGAUGCUGCUGUUAUGCGCUAUGCUAGCCUUGAAUGUUCAGUAAUAGAUGCGAAAAAGUCAGCAGAAAAUGCAGCCAAAGCUGAAAAAGCUGCUAUUGCAGAGAAAGACCUACUUUUUAAUAAAUUAAAGACUGCUCGAGAUGAGAAACAAAGGAUUUGUCAGAUGUAUGAUGAUAAGUGUCACGAAGUAUCGAAUACAGAACGGGAAUUGGCCAAAGUGCGUGAGGAGUUUAAAGAGUUGGAGGGUAGACUGAAGUGGACACAGAGCAAAUUGCGGGUUGAAAUGGACGCUUAUAAGGAAAGUACUGAGCGGGCAGAUAAACUAUCACAACAACUGAAUGAGCUGGAAGCGGCGAAGGAAGCAGCUGUUCUGAACGCUGCAGACUCCUUAAAGGCUAGGCAAUUAGAAACUGAAUUAAAAGAAACCCAAGCGACACUUAUACUGUGUAAACAUGAGAAGGAAGAUCUGGACAAAAGACUGACUACAGCUCUACAGCAGCUCGAAACUUGUAAGGGUGAAAGGGACGAGGUGACUAGUGCGCUCUCUCUCGCACAGGCUGAGCUGGAAAGAGUGAAGACGCACGCAAGAAGUCUCGAAGAGGAGGCUGCUGAGUUGGCAGCUUUGAGGGCUCAGGCAGCGCUGGCGGAUACGCUCAGCUCACAGUUGCAAAGGGAAACCGAACUCCGGAAUCAAGCUGAAACGUCACUGGCGUUGGAAAGGGCGCGGUCUGAGACGUGCGUACGUCGUGAAGCAUCAGCCCUCGAACACGCCGCAAAGCUCACGGCCACACAUGUGGCUGAACGGGCACGCGCGUCAGAACACGAGGCAAAGGCGCAAGCGUUGUCAGCGGACAAUUCGUCGCUCCGUGAGCGUGUAGCGUUCUUGGAAGCGGAGAUUUCCUCACUGCAAAUAUCGUUGAAUGAUGAAAUGGAGAGGAGAAAUAAGGAAACAAGAGUUUUAGCUAGAAAAGUGGCUGAAUUGACGACAGAAGCCACGGAAGCUAACAAGAAGUUGGAGUGGGAGAAGGGAGAAGUUGGAGUACUGAAGAAGAAGCAUGCCAGUGCUGUUAAGGAGUUGAAUCGCGAACUCCAGCGUGCGUUGAAACGCAUCGAACAACUCGAAGCUAAGUUUCCGCAAAACGGUGAUACCACAUCUACUAGAACUGGGUCUGUGACGUCACUGAGCAGCGGCGAAGGCGCCGAAGAGAAGUUGCACAACGGACACCAAACUGAAUUACCGGAAAUACAGGAAACGCGAACGCCAACGACCAGAGAACCAGAUAGGCAAGCCCUAAUAGAACGUAUAGUUCAACUACAAAGAGCGGCAGCAAGACGCGCUGAACGGUGCGAGUUCCUGGAAGAACAUUCAAAGCAGUUGACGACUGAAUUGCGAGGGAAAUCCCGCUUGCUGCGACACCUUCUUGCGUCUAUGCCCGCUGGAGCUGUCACCUCACAGAACAGUGAUAAAAAUAAGAAAGAGAUAGCGCGUCUCGGCGGGGGAGCCAUGGCGGCGGUGUGGGGGGGAGAUCCGAACGGUAUCACUCUUGAGCUCUCGCUUGAGAUCAAUAAGAAGCUUCAGGCUGUUUUGGAGGACACGUUAUUGAAGAAUAUAACGUUAAAGGAAAAUAUCGAUACGUUAGGUGAAGAAAUAUCAAGGUUAAAAAGUAGAAGUGUAUUAACUAAAUAAUUGUAAAGAUCAUCUUUGAAUGUGUAUUGAAUUUCUUAUAAAAAACCACAACCUUUUUAGGUCUGGGCCUCAGAUUUCUGUACCUGUUUUCAUGAUAAGUCAAUGUAAUAGGUGAUCGGCCUUCUGUGCCUGACACUUCGUCGACUUUUUGUGUCUAAAGCAAGCUGGUUUCUUUAGGAUGUUCUCCUUCCACUGUUCGAGGCAGAAUAUGAAGUAUCCACCAGGACCAACCUCUAUGUGGAACCAGCUGCCCACUGAAGUAUUUCCGAACCAAUUCGAUCUAGGGUCUUUCAAGAAAAGAGCGUACGAAUUCUUGAAAGGCCGGCAGUGCACUUGCGAGCCUUCUGGCAAUGUGAGUGUCCAUGGGUGGUGGUAUCACCUAUCAGAUGAUCGUCCUGCCCAUUUGCCCCCAGUUCUAUAAUAAAAAAGUCGAUCUCCAACUGUGUACCAGUGGUCUUUGUGCGCAGAAUUCGCUCGAACGGUGAUGGAAAACAUCGUGAUGAAACCGGCUUGCCUUAGACACAACGGCGUGUGUCAGGCACAGGAGGCUGAUCACUUGCAAACUAGAUUGACAUAUCAUGAAACGGAUAGAAAUUUGUACCUAUAAUGUGUUUCUAUUGUACUGCGCCGACGCAGCGUACAUUGGCACAUUAUUCGGAAUAUUCAGUAUAUUAAUUGUUAUUUUACACAUUUAAUGAUGGCAACAUUCCCGUUAUUCAUUGUACCUGAUUAUAUUUUUUACUAGCGUCAACCCAGUUUAAUAACACAUACAAGGUUAAAGACGAACGAGCGAAAUUGUAUUGUUUUUCAUUAACCUCUGUGACCUUAAAAUUUGACUUUAGUAUCGACACGUCUUAUCCCUCAUGCUCGUGAAUCAUUCUAGAUAUUGGUGAAAGAGUUUUCGAUAUCGCUUCAGUAGAUCCAGGGAUUACCACGAAAACCUCACAAACGUCACCAAUUGUUAAAUCACAGACGUCAAUACAAACGUUACGUUCAGUUCAGAUCGCGCAGGUGUUGUUAAAAAUAUUGCAUUCUUAAUAAUCUUCACGAUCGUGGUUAAAUUGUGUAAAAAAAUGUGCGUAUUUACAUCGAUUUGAAAGUUAUGUUAGCUGUCAACUGUUAGUAUUGACAUAUACGAAUCUAAAGCCCUUGACAUCAGAAAUGUUUGAUAUUUGUCGUAUAUUGAAUGUAACUACUAAAGCCGGGUAUAUACUUAAGUGUGGAUGAUGCUCGCACCUACCGAGCAUGUACCUACUAGCGACUGUUCCCAGCAAACGCGCGACGAACAGCCCUCUCUACCGAAAAUACGCUCGGGUAAUCACGGAUAGCGAUGCGCACGAGUUGAAAUGCUCUGUUCUUAUAGAUACCGGCAAACUUCUUGAGCAUUAAACAAGGGAUUGGGGGAAAGUUUGCGCAUCGUACACAGCGCGGGACACAAACGUCAACUGAUUUACCAAUCACGCGAUCGACACGUCACUCCCCCCCCCCCCCCCCCCCAGUGAUACUUUCAAGCAAGGACAUUUGUUCAAGAUGUUUGCCGGUAUCUGUACGCGGAGUGUGACAGUUCGAGCACGCAAGCACUGAGUAUUUUUAUGCAUUGAAAGAUACAUUCCGGCAAUGUGGACGGCAAUCUUUCGAUGCGUGUUACAUUUUUUUGUAAAAACUUAUUCCAUACCGUCCAUCGAUCCAUUUCUAAAUGUAAAUCAUUAUAAUCCAGGACGUAACAUAAGAACAUGACAAAUAUAAUCGCAUAACAUUUAAAAUAAAAUCCUAUUUGAACAAAACAGCUGUUUGUAAUCCGCCAUUUUGUCUGUCAAUAGGUUCCUAUUUGUCAGUGAUUAAAAAGACGUUGGUCGGUAAUAUCUUUAUUUUUGUAUAGAUUAACGAACACAGAACAAUAUAUCAAUGUUUGCCAUACCUAUUUUAACGAGGCUCUAUUAAACUAAAUAAUUUUAAUAUUCAAAGUAUUAUCCGUAAUUUGUAAAUUAUAUAUCCUCAAUAGAAAUGUGACUGAAUAUUUUUUAGGUUAGGUUAUGACAUCGGUGAAAAAUACUAGCUAUUAAUACAGAAUUCAAAGAUUAAAGACAAUUUGUUGAAUUGUUCCAGCUGUCUUCGAGUUUUGCCACCCAUUUUGCAAUUAAUUUUUAUUUAUCUAGAUGAAAAAAACAAAGUUAUGCAAAGGUUUUGGUAUUGUAUACAAAAGUGGCUCCAACUAGAGAAACGAAAACUUUUUUAUUUAUUUAUAUUGGUUAUUAUUUUCAAGGGAUGCAUCAAUAUGCCUUUUUGCAUAUACGAAACUCAUAUGGAAAUAUUGUCGAUACAUAUACCAACGGUUCUUGAAUUAAAAUUAAAUUACGAUAAAAUAUAUCAAGUUUGGUUGAAGUUUUUAAUUUUUAUAAACUUGAAUGAGAUAAAAGGUUAAGUUAUUAAAAUACAGAACUAAGAGUAAUAACAUAAC